AUGGCAACUGUGUCAAUGGCACAAUCCCCCAACUACUUCAAAUCCAAGAUCUUUGAGUAUGGCGUCAACCCUAAUGUGAUGGCCAUCCUGUCGUACCAGACUGGUAUCCAGGCGCCCAAGGGCUUUGUCCUGAGCUCAGGCCGCUACAUCGACACCUACAGUACCUCGAUCACCAGCGACACCAGCGCCGUCUCUGGCUCAAUAUUUAACGGCACCUCCUGGCUCAUCAACACCGCCGCGGAUGGCGGUGAUAUCUCCCAGUGGUCCUCCACCAAUGUCCAGGACACGAUUUACUCGAUCACCGGCAACAAGGUGCUGGUUGCCAACCUGACUAACAACGCCAACCUUGUCGUCAAUCAGAAUGGCAUCAUCUCGAUCGCCACCUUCACCUACACCAACCCAACCAGCGGCGUCACCAACAUCUUUGUCAUCGACCAGGGCAACAAGAACGUCAACUACUUUGUCUCCACACCCGACAGCGCUGUCAUUGACACCAACAACUUCACCCUUAACAUCCAGACCCUCAGUAUUGGCAGCGCUCUCUCCAAUGCUGACAGUUGGGCUGUUGUACCAGACAUUGCAAAUGGAUUGCUGUUCAUUGGAGAUGAGGUAGGAAGCAUCGCCGUCAUCGACUUGAAGACCAUCAGUAUCAUCACUACCUACACUACCCAGUCCGUUAAGAACAGACAAUCAGGUACAGUUGACCCAGACAACAAGUUGUUGUUCACUUGCUACUGUGUUGAUUUCGUUUGCAACAUGGACGUCCUGUCCUACGCCAACGUCAACAAUAUGACGUCCAACUCAACCCACCAGCUCUCAUACUUGUCAAGAUGUGACCUGGCCACCUACGACCAUAUCCAAGGUCAAGUGUUCUUUGUCGGCAGAGACGCCAACGGUCUCGCCAUCACCGGUAUCGGCUACCAGGGUCAGCGCCCCAACACCGUCCAGUUCUUCUACAGCGAUGUCCCAGUCGUCGGUUUGUCCAUCGGUCUGGCCAUCAACAUCACCGAGAACACCCUCACCGUGUUCACUUCCAAGGAGCUGAUCGUCAACACCUACGAGUCGCCAUGCGAGAGCAACUGUAACGGCCAAGGCGCCUGCAAGAUGGGCGUUUGCUACUGCAAGGCUGACUACAACGGAACUUUCUGUGAGGACAAGCUGUGCACAGGUGCACUCAACAACUGCAGCGGCAAUGGCCAGUGCAGCAACGGUGUCUGCCAGUGCAGCCCAUACUACAUGUCCAAGCCAGACUGCAGUGAGUACGGUUGCUACAUGAACUGCAGUGGUCGUGGUCUGUGCGUUGCCAGCACCGACGGUCUCUCCAACAACACAUGCAGCUGCCCAGCCGAGUACGCCGGCGAGUACUGCCAGUACGCCGCCCCCGCCGCCAAGUGUGACACCUACAAGACCCGCACAUCCUGCAUUGACGUCACCUACUGUGGUUGGUGUGUCUCCACCAAGACCUGCCAGACCGGUAACCGUUACGGUCCAGUUAAUGGCUUCUGCCGCGAAUGGUUCUACCAAGAGGAGGUCGAGGUUGGCGUUGUCAUCCUUGCCUGCAUCUUCAUCGCCCUCAUCUCCAUCUUGUUCCUGAUCGAUAUGUUCUCUGCCAUCCCAAUGGACAUUGAGCGCGCCAAGAACUACUCGAUUGAGUUCCGCACCGGUACCUACCCCAAGGCCAGUCACGAGGACGCCUCGAUCCUCUGGUGGCACGACCAGCGCUCAGCCAAGGCCUGGGCACUCAUGGAUCAGUUCCAGUUCAUCUCGCUCAUCUCGCACAUGGGCGUCGUGUUCCCAUCCCGCUUCCUCAACUUCACCGAGUACCUCGACUGGACCAACUUGGGCAUCCCAUUCCCUCAGUCGAUCCGCGACGCCAUGCCCGCCGGCUACUUCCCCGACCGCAACAUGUACGACGUCACCGAGCAGUCCACCCGUAGCUUGCUCACCUACGCCCAGUACAACAACAUCCUCGAGUCGGGCUCCACCUACAACUUGGCCAACAUCCUUUUCUGGUUCGCCAUCCUCGCCGCCGCCUUCAUCGUGCCACUCCUUAUCGUCUUCCUCAUCCUUGGCUUCAUCGAGAGCUUGGUCCACUGGCGCGAGGUUAUCCGCAACCGUUUGAUCCACUGCACCAUCCGUAUCCUCCAGUUCUCCUACAUUGGUGUCAUCAGUGCUGCCGCGUUCGCAAUCGUCGUCAAGCCUCUGGCCGCCAAGACCAUCGUGCCAGGUGUGAUUAUAAUCAUCCUGUACGGCAUUGGUUUCCCCGCCGCCAUAUUCUACUUCCUCAAGGUGCCCGAGAGCCGUCUCCACAACCCAACCUUCAAGCAGCAGUUUGGUUGCCUGUACGUCUCGUUCAAGCCCAAGACCGACCAGCGCUUCGUCAUGUUCGCCUACCUCAAGCGUUUCAUCAUGGCCAUGAUCAUCGGUAUCCUGGCUUUCAACAUCGAGCCCGCCUACCCCCUGGCCGGCAACGACCGCGCCGUGCCCAUCGCCCAGUGCAUCGUCAUUGCCCUCGUCCAGCUGCUGUACUGCGUGCUGCUGUUCAUCCGCAAGCCAUACUUUGACCACUACCAUCUGUGGCUCGAGUACAUCCUCGGUGUGAUCAACAUCGUGUCUGUUGGCGUCUGCCUGUCGCACUUGAAGGAGCCAUCGAUUGCCGGAGAGUUGGUCGUCUGCAUUCUCCAGGCACUGGCCCUGGUCUGCUGCAUUGCCACCUACGUCAUCUCUUGGUUGCAGAUGCGUUCCAAGUUCCUCAGCAAGGUGUCCAAGGCUUUCUCAUGCUGCGGUGGCGGCAAGAAGAGAAAGGUUGACAACGAGAUGCAGGUCAACAAUUAA